GUCACUUCCGUCGCGUUUUGGGGCGGUACCAAGAUGGACUCUUCACGGGCCAGGGAACAGCUCCGUCGGCGAUUCCUUCUCUUGCCGGACGCCGAGGCCCAGCUGGACCGCGAGAGUAACGCCAGGCCGGAAACCUCCACAGCUGUUCAGAAAAAGGAGAAACCUCUUCCAAGACUUAAUAUCCAUUCUGGAUUCUGGAUUUUGGCAUCCAUUGUUGUGACCUAUUAUGUUGACUUCUUUAAAACUCUUAAAGAAAACUUCCACACUAGCAGCUGGUUUGUCUGUGGCAGUGCCUUGUUGCUCGUCAGCUUAUCAAUUGCGUUUUACUGCAUAGUCUACCUGGAAUGGUAUUGUGGAAUUCGAGAAUAUGAUGUCAGGUAUCCAGCCUUGAUACCUAUUACCACUGCCUCCUUUAUUGCAGCAGGAAUUUGCUUCAACAUUGCUCUAUGGCAUGUGUGGUCAUUUUUCACUCCGUUGUUGUUGUUUACCCAGUUUAUGGGGGUUGUAAUGUUUAUCACACUCCUUGGAUGAUUUUUGAAGAGACAGGGUCUUCUAUGUUUCCAGGCUGGCUUUGAACUCCUGGGAUCAAGUGAUCCUCCUGCCUCAGCCUUCAAAGUAGUUGGGACUACAGGCCCACGCCACUGUGCCUGGCUGGACAUGUAAAUUUGAAGUGAAUGGUUAAACAUCCAGCUAGCUGAAAGUAUGGCAGACCCUCACAGAAAAGCUGCAGUGUGUUUUUGCAACUAUGAAGUGAAUGGUUUCCUGGGAAAAAUUGUGACUUUGUAUAACUGUUGUUGAAAUCAGAAUAAAUUAUAUUUCACUUGCAUAUUCUUAAAUUAUUAAAAUUUUCAGAAGUCAGUGAUAUAGGAAUACUAUUUUGCAAUGUGAAUCCAUUUGAAUAUUUGGAGAAGGUGGUUUCAUUAUAGGUGCAUAAUGCACUCUUAAUAUUUUAAACAAAUAGUUCACUCUUCCCUUUAAGGGAUAGCAAUUCCUUAUAUAAAAUGACUGGAUGUGUAUAAAGGAAUUAUGUUGUCAUGUGCCUUUAACCAGCUUUAGUAAUUACUAUAAUCUCAUAUUUAUGAUAGUUUUGUUAGGUACAGGACCAAAUGAAAGUAUUUUACGUUUUCCCAUCACUUUAGAUUUUAUCAUUGUGUAAAUUACUGGGGUUUUAGCAUUUCCUAAUGUGAAGUUUUAAUCAUUUUUAAGUAUACAUAUUUUUUUCUGUACCAUUUAAAUAAAAUAUUUUUAUAACUUU